UUCCGUGACCGGCGCCACUAUUCCUUUUUUUCACCACAAUGACGCUACUCGUAUGCUGAUGGCAAUCAAUAUGCAACGGCAAGCCGUAGCUUGCUUGAAGAAUGAAGAACCCUUAGUUGCUAGCGGCAUUGAGGCCAGCCUGCUCGAAAAUUCUCCUUUGACAGUUAAGGCUGAAGAAAAAGGAAUAGUGAAAUAUGUUGACAGCCAACAAAUUAUCAUCCAAGAAAAAAAUAGAAAGAAAAAAAUUUAUCCUUUAGAACAAUUAGUAGUUUCCAAUAAAAAUACUUUGGGAUUUUCUUUGCCGCUAGUAAAAAAAGGCGAGUCAGUCUCCAAAGGACAAAUGCUGGCUUGCGGAAACCAAGCCAGCAACGGCGAAUUAUCUUUAGGAUAUGCUAUUAUUUUAAGUGAAAGAUUAGUCAAAGAAGAUAUUUUAACCUCUUUUUUUGUCAAAAAACACACUAUUAUUCGCCAUAACACUAAAUAUGGUCCAGAAAUAUUUACUUCUUCUCUGCCCCAUGUUGGAAAGAAGCAGCACCCGCAAUUAGGGAGAAACGGCAUCGUAAAAAUCGGCAGCCGGGUUAAAGGUAAUGAUAUCUUGAUAGGAAAAAUAACGCCCGAGCCUAGCCCCCAUAAGGAGAAUGAGGAGGAAUUAUUGCUAAUGAGUAUUUUGGGGGAAAAGACUCGGCGUUUCGUUAAUUCUUCUCUCCGUUUGCCUGCCGAAGAAGCUGGAAUAGUCUAUCAAGUUAGAAGAAAAAAGAUUUCUAAAAAUAAGAAAGAUAAGGAUUUAGAGUUAGUAGAAGUUUUUGUGUCCCAAAAAAGAAAAAUUGAG